AUGUCAUCAAGACAAGAACUAAACUACAGGGCCGGAGAAGCCACCGGUCAAGUUCAGCUGAAGAAGGAAGAGUAUUUGGACAAAGUAUCACACGCAAUGAAUGAGAAUACUGAUCAUCACGCUCACUCACAUUCACACGCAGAACAUGAUCAGAACAAUCCUUCCCUAGUUUCUCAGGCCUCGAAUGUCAUUCAACAGACAGGAGGACAAGUGAAGAAUAUGGCACAAGGAGCAGCGGAAGCUGUGAAGAACACUCUUGGGAUGAAUCCGACCACUAACAACCCUAGCAGCCCCGCUGGCAAGACCCGCCCGAGCAACCCUAGCAGCCCCGCCCAGUCCAGAAAUCUUUAA